AUUAUAACAUUUUUCUGAAGCGAGGAUUAAUUUUUCGUUGCACACGUAGGCGGGGUCAAACCUGGGCGCUGAUUUCACAGUUCAUGCAGCUUUACUUUACUUCUGACAAGAAACCACUGGGUCUCUACACAACAAAAUCAUCAUUCCGGUUCCCUGGGCACAACACUAACAAGAUGAGCAGCCCAAGCAAAGCGACCACCAUUCCACACGUUGUUAAAGAAGAGGUCAUUGCAUCAGGGAAAUGGUUGAAACUUGAGAAGACCACCUAUGUUGACCCUGUUGGAACCACAAGAAUCUGGGAGACUACAAAAAGAACAACCAGACAAACAGGCGCAGCAGAUGGUGUGGGGAUCAUUGCUCUCCUGAAGAGGACCCUCCACAAAGACUGUGUUGUCAUGGUAAAGCAGUUCCGUCCUCCAAUGGACUGCUGUACCCUGGAGUUCCCUGCAGGCCUGAUCGAUGAGGGUGAGAGUGCAGAGACUGCUGCUUUGAGAGAGCUAAAGGAGGAGACCGGUUACAAGGGAGAGGUGGUGGGAGUCACCCCGGUGACAUGCUUGGACCCUGGCCUCUCUAACUGUACCACACAGAUCGUCAUGGUAAACAUCAACGGAGAUGACAUGGAAAACACUGACCCCACGCAACAGCUUGGUGAUGGAGAAUUUGUUGAUGUUCUUCUUAUACCUCUUGAUGAAUUCCAGAAGAAAAUUGAUGACCUGAUGAAGAAGGAGAAGAUAGUGGUGGACUCUAAGGUUUACAUCUACGGCAUGGGGAUGUCCCAGGCCUUUUUCAAACCCAAUGAACUCAGAGUGCUCAAACAGUGAUGGAAGGAUAGGAUGAAAUAAUUGUCUAGAAGGAUGGGAAAAGAUUGAAAGGGCUUUAGGCUGCCAGUGCCAAUGCCUUUCUUGCUGUCUUUCCAGUACACAAACUAAACCAGGGAUGAGAAUGUCAACCGCAUGGCAGUGUUUUUGGGUUUAUUCAUUGCAAGCCUAAAUAUGGAUAAUCUGCGCCUUUGAAACUGGCCCUAUGUUUUGCAACAGAAACCGGUUAUCUUAAAAAUGAAUACAGAGCAAACGAAACGGAAAGGGACCUAUCAAAAGCAGAAUUGGUGGUUUUGUAACAGAAUCAGUGUCAUAAACACACGUUUUAUUUAAGUACAUGUAUUUAUUCAGCAAAAAAUAUAUAUUUUGAGAUACAGUCUCAAAGUCUGAUCACACCUACUCAUUCAAGUCCCCCGCCAUAUUGUAGAAUAAUCUGGAGAAAAUCUAUGAAAUAACACAUGCAAUGAUUUAGUAACCAAGAAAAGGGUUAAACAAAUCAAAAUACUUCAAAAAGGUAUUCACCUGAAAUGCUUUUCCAAAUGUUUUGAAGGAGUUCCCACAUGGUGAGCAAUUCCUAGCUGUUUUUCCUUCACUCUUUUUUCCAACUCCUCCCAAUUAAUCUCAUUUGGGUUGAGGUCAGGUGAUUGUCCUUGGUCAAAUAGCCCUUACAUGGCCUGGAGUUUUGUUUUGGGUCAUUGUUUUUUGGGAAAAAUCAUAGUCCCACUACGCACUAACCAGAUAUGAUGGUGAUUUGCUGCAGAAUGCUGUGAUAGCCAUGCUAGUUGCGUGUGUCUUGAAUUCUAAAUGCUUCACAGUAGGAGGCACACUUGCAAAGAUCAUCCACACUCUGUCUCACAAAGACUCAGCGGCUGGAACCAAAAAUGGGACAGAUUUCCUCUAGUCUAAUGUCCAUGUCUUGUGUUUCUUGGACCAUGCAAGUCUCUUGUUCUUAUUGGUGUCCUUUAGUAGUGGUGUCUUUGCAGCAAAUAGACCAUGAUGGCCUGGUUCACGCAUUUUCCUCUGAACAGUUUUUGAGAUGUUUCAGUUACUUGAACUUUGUGAAGCUUUUCUUUGGACUCCAAUCUGAGGUGCAGUUUAUUGCUGAUUUCUGAGGCUGGUAACUAAUGAAGUUAUCCUCUGAAUCAGAAGUAACUCUGGGUCUUCCGUUUCUGUGGUGGGUUCAGGAGAGACAGUUUUAUCAUAGUGCUUUUUGUGACUACACUUGGAAAAAAAAAAUCAGUUCUUGACAUUUUCUGGAUUGACUGACCUUCAUGUCAUAUUCUGAUGAUGGACUGUGGUUGGUGUUUGAUUAUUUGAGCUGUUCUUGCCAUAAUAUAGACUACUACAGUACAAACAUAAUGAUGGUCUGCUGUACACUCACCCUACCAUGUCACAACACAAAUAAUUGUCUCAAAUGCAAUUACAUUUUUAACAAGGCACUCACAUUAUUUGAAAUACAUUCCAAGGCAAAGGGUAGCUAUCAUCAAGGCAAAGUGUAGGUACUUGGAAGAAUCUACAAUAUGAAAUGCAUUUUGAUCUGUUUAACACUUAUUUGGUUGCUUCGUGAUCCCAUAUGUGUUAUUUCAUAGUUUUGAUGUCUUCAUUAUUAUUCCGCAAUGUGGAAAAUGGUAAAACUAAAGGAAUACCCUUGAAUGAGUAGGUGGUUUAAAUAUGAACAUAGAAAGCAUUCAGGUAGGUCCCUUCUUGUUUCAUUUGUUUGACAAAAUAUUUUGCAACACUUUGGAAUUAAUAGACCCCCUCGUUUUUGGAAUUAGGAGUUUAUUACCCUACAGAAUUCGGAGUUAAGCUAAAUCAUUUACUUUCUGAUGGUAGUAUCUUUCUGCCUAAAUUCUGCAGGAAUAGUCACAAUUAGAUGGGAACUUAGUGAUAUUAUAAUCUCUCUGAUAAUACCGUGUUACAAGUGGCCUGAAUAUAAUUCAAAUGGUGUGAUAAUUUACUGGAACAUUCCUUAUUCUAAAUGAACUGAUAAAAUUGACUGUAAAACCACUGCUGAGAUUACUGUUCUAUUAAUAAUGUGCCUUGGAAGAUGAUUAUUUUGCUAGACUGUUACUGUUCUUCAUGUGCACAGUCGGUGCAUUAAUAUCAACCUCCAACAGUUAGUUUACAUCAUUGCUCUGUUAGACAACUCGAUAGAAUUGUAGAUGUUGUCUUACUGGUAUAAGGCUGACAUUCAGAGGGCACAUUUUAUUCAGCAAUUUAUUUUAUUGAUUUGAUGUGAUCUCAAUAAACCAUGUUAUUGUGUAUACAG